GACCUGGGAUCGGACUCAGUCUGACUGUUACUGUCUCAGGAGGUUAGGAUCAGGUCGCCGUUCAUGCAUUAACUCAUCCACAAGACUGCCGGGUUUCUUUAAACGCGCUCCCAGCUUUAAAGUCUGAAGAAUAAUUGUUUGGCACGUUUUUUUUUGUUUAAAAAAUAACUGAACGUAUCCCGGUGCUUUUUUUCGCUCCAAAGUUAAAAAUCUGCUUAUUUUGACAAGAUGCGGCUGAUCCAGAACAUGUCUACUAUCGCGGAAUACCCAUCGACCGAAUGUCCGGGUGGCAGGAUCCUCAAGAUCGCUGUCCUUGGGGGCAGUGGAGUUGGAAAAACCGCCCUCGUUGUGAGAUUCCUCACCAGGCGUUUCAUCGGUGAUUACGAGCGAAACUCGGGUACUCUAUACUCAAGAGAAGUCCAGGUUGACGGAGAACAAGUGGCAAUUCAGGUGCAAGACACCCCUGGACUCGAUUGUGAGGCAGGAACCACACUCAGUGUCACAGAUCAGGUGACCCGUUCCAUCCAAUGGGCAGACGCUGUGGUCCUGGUCUACUCUGCGACAGACGACCGGAGCUUUGACCUGAUUGGCCAGCUGCACCAGCAUGUGCGCGACAGACGACCGGAUGCCCGUGUGCCCAUUGUGAUCCUGGCUAAUAAGGUGGACCUGCUCCACGUGCGGCAGGUGGACUCGCAGAGGGGCCUCCUGCUGGCCGCUACACUAGGCUGUGCCUUCUGCGAGGUGUCUGCCAGUGAGGGUGAUGGCCAGGUGUGCAGUGCCUUCCACCUGCUCUGCAGGGAGCUGGGCAAGCAGACGCCCCCUGCUGGCAUGGUGGAGAAGAGGCGUUCGCAGCUCUUGCCACGCCCCAAGUCGCCCAACAUGCAGGACCUGAAGCGGCGUUUCAGACAAGUGCUGUCGGCCAAGGUUCGUACGGCCACCUCUGUCUGAGGUGCUCGUUGUGCCUGACUACCGUGUCACUUCCUGUUGAAGUGGAAUGAGUCGUACAUCCUAUAGAUGCACAGCUGCGACUACCUAAACUCCUGACAUCCAUCUGACUUCUGGCAACUAUGCUGGAUUUUAAGGGAGAAGACUCUGCUAUCCAUUUUCAAGCAGCUCUCUGCCAUGUGGAGAGAGCAGAUACAGAUUUGAAGGGAAGUCUGCAGACUGCAUGUACUCUGAAAGCAGAACUGCUGUCCUUGGCAGCCUGAUGGGUGGGAAGGCUGAUGCCUUUUUCCUUCUGAUUGGUGUAGUCUGCUUUAUAAGGGAAGCACCUCAGCCUGAAGUCUGCUCUGGGCUGUUCCACUGUCCCAUAAUCCACCUUUUUUGAUGUUCUACUGUGGGGGGGGAGGGGGGGUGAUUGGGUCUCUGCAGGAAAGGAUUAGGAUAUGGGGGGAGGGGGAGUAUUUGGUGGGAUGUGCUGUUGAGCAGAAAUCUGAUGCACUUUAUGAAAUGCUGAAGUAGUUCUUGCGUGAUUUAUUUAUUUUGCUCUAGCAGUCCUUGGCCGGGUUUGCACCUGGAAUAAAGGUGACUGAAUGCG